GAUUCUUCCUCAUCUGUGCUCAGUUUUCUCACAAACAUCAUUUCUAUUUGUCUCUCAGGAUCCUCUUGCGUUUGCUAUCUUUCUGUGUGGCUAAGCAUUUUAGGAUCAGAUCUGGGUUUAAUUGUGCUAGCCGUCUUUCUCUGCGUCUGUAAGCAUAAUGGCUGAACUGAUCCUCAACUUCGUCACCCCAAUCAUAGAGAAGGCAGUUUCUGAAGCAAUCUCACUUGCUGCUGCACAAAUCAGCAUGGCAUGGGGUCUGGAGAAGGAGCUGAGGGAGCUCGCUCAAACACUAACUAUGAUCCAAGGAUUGCUUCAAGAUGCUGAAGGGAGGCAAGAAAGCAAUCCAGCCGUAAGGAAUUGGUUACAGCAGCUCAGAAAUGUAGCUUAUGAUGCGGUGGAUGUACUGGAUGAGUAUGGUUAUGAGGUUCUUAAGCACAAAGUUCAGACUCGGGGCCGAAGGAGGAAACAGGUGUGCACCUUCUUUAGUCUUUUCAAUCGCACUGCCUUUCGUCUUAGCAUGGCUGAUAAGAUUAGGAAGAUUAAUAAGACCCUAGUUAAAAUCAACAACAAUGGGGUUGCGGUUUUGCUGAUCAGAUUUAACAACCAAAGUCAUUCCACUGCUGGUGCAAGGCAAUAUCCUAAGACAGAUUCCAUCCCUGAUUGUUUAAAAUUUGUAGGAAGGGAUAAUGAUGUCUUAGAAAUUGUCAACAAGCUGGAUAACAUAAGGAGUCAACAUCUCCUUUCUGGCAUUUCAAUAGUAGGCUUGGGGGGCAUAGGCAAGACAACAUUAGCAAAAUCAAUAUGCAGUAUGGUAAAAGAACAAAAGUUGUAUGAUCUGGUGGCUUGGGUUUGUGUGUCCGAGGAAUUUGAUGAGAAAACAAUAUUAGGAGAUAUGUUAGAAUACCUUGAUGGCUUUGUUGGUCGGAUGGAUAAUAUUGAUGCACUUAUUCAGAAGCUUGGGCAGGGGUUAGAAAAUAGAAAAUUUCUUCUAGUUCUUGAUGAUGUGUGGAAUGAUGAUAGAGACAAGUGGGAUAGUUUCAAAUCUCGUUUGUUAAAAAUUUUAAAAACCAGUGGAAACUCCAUUCUUGUGACUACUCGUAGUGAUAAGGUAGCAUCCACAAUGGAGGCACUUCCAAUGCAAAAACAUGAUAUGGUAAAGUUAUCAGAUCAUGAAUGUUGGGAGAUAAUUGAGGACGUAGUUCUCAGAUCAUCAACAAAAACUUCAAUACCUUUGGAUUUACACUACUGCAGGAAUGGGAUAUCCGGACCGAAAUAUCGGUCCGGAUAUAUUACCAAUCGGUAUGAAUAUAUAUAUACGGAUCGAUAUUGGUCCUUAUAGUUGAUUUGAAAAAACCUGGUACGAAUAAGUAUAAUAUACAGACCGACGUAUAAUCGGUCUGUAUAUUUCAGUAAGAAAUAUAAAUAAUUAUUGACAAAUUGAAAUAAGCGGACCGAAAUUGGUCCCAAAAAAAUUAUAUAAUAAAAUAAUAACAUAUAUACGAAUCGACAACAGUCUGUAACUGUGGUGGAAAGAGACAUCGCAAAUAUAUACGGACCGGGAUCGGUCCGAAUAUUGAGGACCCAGCUGCAACUUUUAAAACUUGCAACUAUAUCCAGACCGAUUCCGGUCUGAAUAUAUUGGACUUGCCUGCAACUUUUAAAAGUUCCGUAUCCCGACGGGCGCCAUUCUCAAACUAUAUACAGACCGUUUUCGGUCCGAAUAUUGUGGACUUGCUUGUAACUUUUAAAAGUUCCGUCUCCCAACAGGCGUCAUUCUAUAAAUAUAUCCAGACCGUUUUCGGUCCGAAUAUUUUGGACUUG